AGCGCUCGCAGACUCCAAUGGAAAAACGGAGAGGCGCGUGUUUCACAGCCCUGCCUGAACGCCAAACGUGGAGAGAAAAAGUGGAAAAGUUGGCACUCUUUCUGAUCAAAUUGCACCUCACCGAGACUUCAUCUGUUCUCAAGAGGAGGUGAAAAAAGAAAAGAAAGCGCUCUCUGAACCUGCCGUCUGGCUUGGAUUAUUUCUGCUGCGGUUGCCAGAUUUCGGGGAAUACUUUUAUAUGGCACACGCUAAUAUCCGGGCAGAUACAUGAUAUCCGUCCGUGCACCGUCCGCACGGAGCUCUACAUCUGUCCAGCUAUCAGCAAUCCCAACUCCAGCAGGUCCCCUAAACCUAAACGGUCUUUACACCGGUUCCCUACAAUACACAAUCGUGUUUUCUUAUCACCGCCGGAGGACACGCUCAACUAUGUUUGGCUGCGGUAAAGUUCUUGGGUCGCCCCGUAUUCUCAACAGAUCCACCGCUGCUCCCGGAGGCUCAGGAUUAAGACAUAUAAUCAGAAACAGCGGUCCCCGUGCGUCCUCGCGGUUGUGUUGCGCGCUGCUGUUCCUCCUGCUCAUCCUCACACCGCGCGUGGACUCGUCUUGGUGCAGACAGAGCAGGAAUCCUCUUAAGCUACUGGGCGGCCUGUUAGCAUCUCAUACUAGUGAACUUAUUUCACAGACACAGACACAGAUGAAGCCAGACGUAAGCCUGCCCUGGACUUCCACACAGAUAGAAAGGUACAUUGGAGCCCUUGGUGCCCGUGUGAUCUGUGACAACAUUCCCGGGCUGGUGAAUAAACAGAGGCAGUUGUGUCAGAAGUACCCAGACAUCAUGCAGUCGAUUGGGGGCGGGGCUAAAGAGUGGAUUCGAGAGUGCCAGCAUCAAUUCCGUCAUCACCGCUGGAACUGCAGCGCCCUGGACAGAGACCAUACCGUUUUUGGGAGAGUCAUACAGCGCAGCAGUCGUGAGGCGGCGUUCGUAUACGCAAUCUCCUCAGCAGGAGUGGUUUUCGCCAUUACCCGCGCCUGCAGUCAGGGGGAGCUGAAGACGUGCAACUGUGACCCCCACAAGCGCGGCCGGGCCAGUGACGAACGAGGAGAGUUUGACUGGGGUGGCUGCAGUGAUAAUAUAAACUAUGGGAUAAAAUUCGCCAAAGCCUUCGUAGAUGCAAAAGAGCGAACUGUGAAAGACGCACGAGCACUCAUGAACCUUCAUAAUAACCGCUGUGGGAGAAUGGCUGUAAAGCGGUUUAUGAAGCUGGAGUGUAAAUGUCACGGAGUCAGUGGGUCGUGUACUCUGAGAACCUGCUGGUUGGCAAUGUCGGAUUUCCGUAAAACGGGAGAUUACCUUCGCAAGAAAUACAAUGGUGCCAUCGAGGUAACCAUGAACCAAGAUGGGACAGGAUUCACAGUAGCCAAUAAAGACUUCAGGAAAGCCACAAAAAAUGAUCUGGUGUACUUCGAAAACUCACCUGAUUAUUGUGUCAUGGACAAAGCUGCAGGUUCAUUGGGUACUGCUGGUCGGGUCUGUAACAAGACGUCCCGGGGGACCGACGGCUGCGAGGUCAUGUGUUGUGGGCGGGGCUAUGACACCACACGCAUAAAACGCAUCACCAAGUGUGAGUGUAAGUUUAAGUGGUGCUGCGCCGUGGAGUGCAAAGACUGCGAGGAGGCCGUCGACAUUCACACCUGCAAAGCUCCUAAACGUGCCGAAUGGCUGGACCAGACCUGAGACACACCCACUUCCCCCCGUUCCUCAGGAUUUUGUCCACGGCAUUCUGGGAUAUGAAGUCCAUCCCUUGCAUUUUUUAACUUGCCCCCAAAUCCCUCUUAUUUGUUGCAUGGCUUUAUUUGAACUUAUUUUGUGAAAGCACUACAACUGAAAUCUACAUUUCUCAUGAGCGCCUUGCACACUUUGCCCAAUAUGGCAGAUUUUUCUCUCUUUCUUUUUCUCUCUUUGUUUUUGUUUUGAAUUGGUCAGAGGACGGUAAAGGUUUAAGAUUUAAGAACAACCUGUGCUGUAACGUGUUGGUGUAUUUUUUGUUUCGUUUUGACGUGAGAAUUUUGUUCUGUGAGUGUUGUUUUGUGACAAAAGGUGUGCUGCUUUUAAAAUAAUAUUUUAAACUGACUCUGAGCCUAUCAGAUAUUAUCAUGGCUAAUAGCUGAAUAUGUACAUCACAUGUUAUUGAAAACACAACCGUGUGCUUAACAUACAUCACGUGCCCAUACUGGACAGUAUUUUACUAUCGGUACUGAAUAUAACAGAGUGAAUGAGGCUGGUCAGAGGGGCUCAAGAGGACAAAAAUGGAUGACAGCUAUGUGGGCUGCUCACUCCACAUGGAGCCCUAACAGAGAGUUUCUCUGGAAGCUACAGAGGUAAUAUUAAUAAUAUAAACGAGCAUGCACUAAGGACAUUAGCUAACAGUUGAGCGAAAAUUACAUGUUAUUAUAAAACUCAUCAUUGCCUGUGUAAACAUGAAGAAAGGUGUUAACAGCUGUGACUGGUAGAGGUGUAAGCUCUCUUUAGCUCUCCUGUGCUGUGGUACUUGUUAACUGUGUUAUUAUUUUUUCAGCAGAAGUUCAUAU